AAUGACUAAAAAAUGUGGUGUAACUGACACAAAUAUAUAAAUGUUAAUUUGUGUAAAUACUAAGUAUCCAUAUCAUUCUUUAUCCCGUACGAAACAAUUUAGUUCAAACUUUUGUUAAAAAAUGCCUUUCGAAUGUCCUCAAGAUGUUGCCAAUGAUUAUGAGAGUUUACUUACUAAUACUAAUAUAGUAGAUUAUGAUGUUAUUAUUUAUGCUGGUAAUAAAAAUAGAGAAAUUUAUGCACACUCAUUUGUAUUACGUACAAGGUCUCAAUAUUUUCGUACAGAAUUCUCUAAUGGAUCGUUUGAUAGUAGGAAUGGAAAAAUUAUUUUUAAUUUACCUAAUAUUACCCCUCAAUUAUUUAAUAUGAUUUUAAGAUUUAUUUAUUGCGGAAAGAUUGAUUUGGAUCAAUUAGCUGGAUCUGAUAUUUUAAAUCUUUUGAUAGCAGUAAAUGAGAUUAAUAUUCAAAGAUUAAUCGACUAUAUUCAGGAAUAUAUGAUUAAAAAUAAAGAUAAUUAUGUACAACAAAAUUCUAUUGAAAUUCUUGAAAAGAUUCAUCAAAAUAAUGCUUUUGUAGUUUUACAGAAUAUUUGCAUCAAGAAAAUUUGUGAAGAUACUCAAAUAUUACUUAGUAAAUUCAACAGUUUAAGUGCAUCUUUAUUGGAGUUAAUAUUAAACAGGGACGAUUUACCGCUAGAUGAAAUUGUUAUAUGGGAUAAUUUAAUUAGGUGGGCUCAACAUGAUCUUAAUAUUUCACAAGUUCCCGAUCCCGCACAAUGGAAAAAUGAUAAAAAAACAAAUAUGGAAAAUAUGGAGAGAACUAUUCAUAGAUUUAUUCCAUUGAUAAGAUUUUGUCAUAUUUCUCCAGAAAAUUUUACUAAUAAUGUAUAUCCAUUUAGAGAAAUAAUGCCAAAUAAUUUAGUUAAUAGUUUGGUUCAAUUUAACAUGACUAGAAAUCAGCAAUUCAAUAAUGAUAGGCGACCUCCUAGAAGUAACAUUGAUUCUGUUAUAAUUGACCAAAAUCACAUUGCAGUUUUUGCAAAUUGGAUUUAUAGGAAAGAUAAAUUCUAUGGAUACAUUCCUUAUAGGUUUAAUCUUUUAUAUAGAGCCAGCAGGGAUAGUAAUACAGCUGCAGUAUUUCAUAAUAAAUGUGAUAAUAAAGGUGCUACUUUAGUUAUAGUAAAAAUCGCAAAUUCAAAUCAAAUAGUUGGAGGAUAUAGUCCACUAAGUUGGGAUAUAAGUGGUGCAAGAAAGUUCACUAACGAUAGCUUUGUAUUUUCAUUUGCAAAUAGAGAUGAUCUUCAAAAUGCAAGGGUGGGUUAUUGUAACAGUGAUAGUCAUUCUAUAUAUUGUUGUUCAUUAAAUGGCCCAGUAUUUGGACGUGGUAGUGAUCUAGGUUAUUAUAAUGGUGUCUGGUAUUGCCACGAAAACUUUUCUUAUCCUGACGUAGGUAUACCAUUGAAAGUUUUUAAUAUGGAUGAUUAUGAAGUUUUUCAAGUUGUUAGUAAUUAAGUUGGCAUAACAACUUUUUUAAAUUAUUCUUACAUAAAUCAUAAAUUUACUGAAGUCAGUUUGAUAGUACAUAUUCAUUGAGAUUUUAGAGAUCUUAUUUAUUAGAGCUUUUUUUUUCAUAAAAUAUGUUUAUGAAUAUUUUCUAUAUUACGAUAUAUUAUACCGUUCAUUUAUUAUUUAUUAUACUACUAAGCAUAUUUAAAACGAAUAAACAUUACAAU